CGCAAUGCACAGUUCGCAGAUGUUCACGAAGUAGCGUCGUUGACGCGUGCGAGAGGUGUAGUGUUUUGGAUGUCGUUGUCAUACGCGACGGCGGCAGGCAUGUCCAGCGCCUUGACGGUUACCCUGUUGCUCGUCGUCGUACUGGCAGAUUUGGGUUAUUCCACGCGACGCACUUUACGAUUGAAGCUGAAUCCAGAUUGCGACGAUAUCUGCCGAGAACGAAACGGGACGACGCUUCACCUGAGUGCCGAUGGACCGAAUGACACGUUGCAUUACUUAUGGGAUUUCAUCGGCACUCCGUCCGUAUUGCUGGCGCUUACGCCUCCGUCCACCUCGCUUAACAUCAGCUGGGAAGAUUAUCUCGCGAGGCGAGAGAACUCGUUACAUUUUUCGGAGGCACCCACCUACUCCUUCGGCGUGAUAAUAAAUAAGAUUAUCGAAUUCAACGAUGUAAAUGACACGGCACUGAUUAACACUGCCGACGUCGCUAAUACGAACAUUUUGCAUCUCGAGUAUUUCAACUGGCAGCGCGUGUCCUUAACGCAAAACAGCGACUACAUCUACCUGGACAUGGAGGGUAACAAUUAUAACGAUACAGCUAAACAUAUCAGCAGAUUUGGGAGUAUAAAGCUUUCGCUCCGAGGAUUUUGCACUCUCGAUCAUUCGAAUACAGUGCCUCAUAUGUUGCACACGGAGAAUUCUACGCAAAUAGACAUCAUCCUGGAUCACAUGCAGACCAACGAAACGUUUUCCAACAGUAGAUUCGCUAUUGAAUUGCUCGUGGUUGGUGGUGGUGAUCCUGAAGUACUAAUGUUUGUUGAUCCAAAAAAGAGUCUGGAUGACGAGCAUACACCAGGUAUAUUCGAGAUUGUCGAAGUUAGAACGCCACCCUACAGAGAACUGGACACAUUAAAUAGCGGAGCAUAUUUGCAAUGGCGACCGGUGUCGUACGAUAGCGCGUCACGCGAUGUAACCAGUUCUACAGAGACAAUGCAAUACCCACCGAGAAAAAUUAUAUCCAAUUAUACGAGCGCUGUUGAAAAUUCGAUGCUAUAUUGUUAUUAUGGGAGGAAUGUGACGAAUCUUCUCCAACAAAAGUUAAUGAUUUCUUUGGGUUCGAAAGGGGACGGUUUUUACAAGAAGACGAAUUAUUUGACAUGGACUUUCAUAAUUGGUUACGGUACACCACCCGAGGAGAGAUUCUCUUCUCUAGUCAUUAUGAUUAUCUCGAUUGGCCUCGGCCUUCCUUUGCUCAUUAUGGUCAUCACUGGUCUGUAUCUUUGCAUUCGUAGAAUGCCGAAGCGACAUGGCAACGUUUAUUUAAGCCGAUGAUGAGCUAGACGCACGUGCCAUAUAGUUUUUGCGUACGUUGCGCGUUUAUCGCUAUAUAUCAUAUGUAUCACCACUGUUCUACACAAAGAUAUUCCUAUAUUUAUAUGCGACACAUAUAUGUAUAUUUUUACACGAACUGUUAUCUUGGAUGUGUGACAUCAGUGUGAUAAGCAUGAGUGAUAAUCUGUUCUCUCACAACUUAUUUAGCAUUGAGCGAGGCAUUAAUGUGGUUGCUUAGUUUUUUAUUUUAAUAUCUUAGGAUAAUAUGUAUGUGAGAGAUAUAAAUAUCGUGCGCGUUGACAUUCGAUGCGAACAUAGAAUCAACCACAUUUGUUUCUUUGAAUAUGCUAUGAGAGAACAGUGUGUUAAUUUAUGCAAUAAAACGUUGAAUUUUUCUAGAUAAUUUGUAA